AUGGCCAUGAACCCUUUAAUGACAGUCUCUGGACAGCAGAAGAUCCCAUUGGUCCCCUCAUCCUUCGAGUCUCCAGCUGUGGAUAGAGAUUUGUUGUUGUCCACCACUGCCAUUCCAACGGAUCCAAGACAGUUUUGUUUUCCAUCCCCGUUUGGAUCCUCUGUUUCUCAAAAUGCAAAUAUGCCCAACAUGCUGGCCAGUCGCGUCUACUCAGGUUGGGGCGUUUUACCACCUGAAUCCUUAAAGGCAAUGACCAGAAGGAAUGAAAUGAUUGAGAGGCAGCACACUGCCAGGAUGGAAAUGGAAAUGCAUGCCAUUUACCAGAAAAGGAGAACAGAGAAAGUUAAUUCCAAAAGAAUAGGUGGCCUUGGGUUACCACUAUUUUAUGGCUCCUGCGUCCCUGCUGGUCCAGCUGCCUACCCCUGCAGAAGUAUGCUCCCUACCAGUGACCUGCAUUUUCCCAGAAAUGCCCUGAGAAACCUUCAGGGAAAUCCUAUGCUCUCGGCAAGUGCUCCAAACUAUCUAGAGAGCUGGGGACAGAAAUGUCGUCGUCUCAGGAGAGGCACCGGAAACCCCAAAGUUCUAUAUGGUGAUACUCAGAGUUCCAAAAGUCAAGCAGAAGACAGCCACUUUGACCAGGCACACACAAAUCCCCAUGAAGAGGAUGAGUAUGCAAAAGGCAUCGAGCUUGAAAUUCUCAACAACCAGAAAUCAAAUGAAGCUAAUGAAAAACCAACAGUACCUUGUGUCAACACUUGUGGAAAAGCUGAGUCCUUGGAUAGAAACCCUUGGGAUUCUCGUGACCCUCUGCUGGAAGCAAAGGCCUGGACCGGUGGGAAAGAUAGGCUCUCAGAGCAGACUCUAGCAGCCUGCAGCGAGAGGAAUGAAACUGGUCCUCCAGCUCCAUCUUCUCUACCAGGUACACAUGCACUGGUUACAAUCAGUGAAAAUUUGUCUCUGGAUGAAGAUAUUCAGAAAUGGACAGUGAGUGAUGUGUACAACUUCAUCAGUGGUCUUCCUGGUUGUUCAGACUAUGCUCAGGUAUUUAAAGAUCACGCGAUAGAUGGAGAGACUUUGCCCUUGCUCACGGAGGAGCACCUUCGAGGCAUUAUGGGAUUGAAGCUGGGGCCGGCUCUAAAGAUCCAGUCCCAGGUGUCUCAGCAAGUGGAGAGUGUGUUCUACAGGAAAGGCCUUUCACAUCCUACACAUGCAAAACAAAAAUUUGAUCAAACAGCAGAUUCAUCCCCUCUUUUGGAUUUUCAUGCCUGGAGUGAUACAUUGAACACACCUUGUUCCCAAGAUAUAAUAGUUCCUAAAAGCACUGAGCAAGAUGGUGUGAGAAAUUGA